AUGGAAGACAAUGACGAGAUCCCAAGUAGCUUUAGCAGCCGCAAGAGCCACCGACAUGCUGCAAUCCUCGACAGAUAUCUACCGGAGGGCUACUCUGCUGAUCCAGAAGUGAGUCUAUCGUCCCAAGCUGUGGUAGACAGCUCGACAGGACAUCUUCAACAAAGCCCAGAUCCGUCUACGACAGCGGCAGACUUGACUGAAGUUGGCCGUACUAUGACAACAGAAGAUAAUGCCGAUUCCUCAGCAAACAAUGACGAGCAGUCAUCACUGAGACUGCAAGGUGGAGACAUACACCGUGAUAUGUUCAAGAUCAAAGCUCGCGCAAACUCUCUGCGACGAGCCGCAACCUUCUCCCACCAGCCGUCACCGCGUUUGAGCCCUACUGACGAGCUCUCUUACCCAGAGCAACGCGUUCCAGGAGGAUUUCGGCGCCAACACAUUCAACACCAUGGAAGACAUCGCCGGAGAUUGAGUGGAACCUUGAUCGUUGCCCGAAACUUUAUCGACUUUCUCGAUUUAUAUGGCAGUUUUGCGGGCGAAGACUUGGAGGACGAGGACACCAGUUCCGAGGACGAGUCCGCGAUUGAAGAUCGUGACGUAGACGAGCCUGACGAGCGCCGUCCACUUAUUCGCCGCCCGGCACCGGGACGACGCCGCAGCUCUAGACGGCUUGCACGGGAAGGCGACGCUAGCACAGUGAAGACAUUUUUCACACUUAUCAAGGCCUUCAUUGGAACCGGAAUUAUGUUCCUUCCCAAGGCAUUUCGCAACGGUGGCAUUCUCUUCUCUUCUUUGACACUCGUGGCUGUGUCGCUGAUUAACUGUCUUUGCUUCCGCCUCCUGCUCGACUGCCGGCAAAGAUACGGCGGUGGUUAUGGCGAAUUAGGAGCAGCCAUUGUUGGUCCUAAGUUUCGCAACCUCAUUCUUGGCUCCAUUGCAUUAUCCCAGCUGGGAUUUGUUUGCACUGGACUCAUCUUUACUGCCGAGAACCUGUACUCCUUUUUGGAUGCCAUCACUCGAGGCCACCAGAACAUUAGCGUUGGAGUGCCGGGCCUGAUUGCUUUACAGCUCGUGCCUCUCGUACCACUGGCGCUAAUUCGAAAUAUUUCUAAGUUGGGGCCCGUCGCCUUACUUGCUGAUGUUUUUAUUCUCGUUGGCUUGGUGUACAUUUGGCAAUUUGACGUGCGAGCUUUGGCAACCCACGGGAUGGACCCCACAGUGCGACUUUUCAACCCUUCGGCAUUCACUUUGACCAUUGGUUCUGCUAUUUUCACCUUUGAGGGUAUAGGACUUAUCCUUCCUAUCCAGUCUAGCAUGAAGAAGCCGGAGCAUUUCAGUGGGCUCCUCUAUUUCGUGAUGUUGCUCAUUACAAUCAUCUUUACAUCAGUGGGGGCCCUUUGCUAUGCCACAUUUGGCGAGAAGACUAAGAUUCAGGUCAUUUCAAACUUCCCUCAGGGCUCUGCACUGGUGAACGCGGUGCAAUUUCUUUAUUCUCUUGCCGUUCUUGCCGGCGAGCCCGUUCAGCUUUUUCCGGCAGUUCGUAUCCUAGAGACGUCGCUAUUCGGGGAGAGAGCAACGGGAAAGAAAAGCAUUGCAAUCAAGUGGCAGAAGAACGCAGUUCGAACUGCGGUUAUGGGUCUUUGUGUCGGCAUCAGUAUGGUUGGUGCCAGCGAUUUGGACAAAUUUGUCGCUUUGAUUGGAAGCUUCGCAUGCGUUCCCCUCGUAUACAUUUAUCCGGCGUAUCUGCAUUAUAAGGGCAUUGCGGCUUCCCCUUGGGUCAAAGCUUUUGACCUUGUACUGAUGAUUUUAGGAUUGAUUGCCAUGUUCUACACCACCUCGGUCACGGCUGCGCAAUGGAUACAGGGCUAG